GAACCAAAAUACGAAGACACGCCUGAUCUAUGCCCUGGUGAAAAGCUCCAAUGUAGCGCACGGUUGGCCCAGAGACCCGGAGUCUUCUGACGGGAGAAGAUGGGCUUGCGCUGUCUCCUCGUCACACUGACCUUCUGCUGCCUGUGCCUUGCACAGGAAUGCCCCCAACCAGAGAUCCGAGUCCUGACGGAUGUUGUUGGUAUUUGCGAAUAUGAAAAUCCAACAAUUGUGACCGUGAGCAGACAGGUAACAGCAGUCAGAAAUGAGGCGUAUCGAGUUCCUUGCGGUUUUCAGAACACAGACUUGUGCGUGAUGUAUAGGCCCGUGUAUUAUCUCAAAACGGAAACCGUGGAAGAGCCCGGGACCGAAACAAUCAUCAUGUGUUGCCCAGAGUAUGCUGCCGAUUUCGACGCUGGCUGCAUACCUAUUUGUGACAUCCCCUGUGCCAAUGGUGGGACUUGUGUGACACCCAACGAAUGUUUAUGUCCUCCAGGUUGGAUGGGAGCAGACUGUACCCGACCAUGCCCAGCCGACACAUUCGGACUCUUGUGUACGGGUGAGUGUCUUUGUGAAAACAACGGUAUGUGUGACCGGUUUACAGGCGAGUGUCAGUGUCCACCUGGCUACCAAGGGUUCCACUGCGAAGAUGUAUGCACAGAGGCAACCUAUGGUUCAGGGUGCCAGUCUCUUUGCGAUUGUCACAACAUGGCGAGUUGUGAUAUUGUCACGGGAGCGUGUUCUUGUACACCUGGAUACCAGGGGCAAUUUUGUGACGAAUUCUGUGACCAGGGUUUGUAUGGACCUCAGUGUAGUAGGACAUGUCGUUGUCAGAACGGGGCUUACUGCUAUGCUGUCGAUGGUAGGUGUUCCUGCGCUCCGGGUUAUAUAGGAGAUUUCUGUGAGAACAAAUGCGAGCAAGGCUUCUACGGUACGCAUUGUGAAUCUCCCUGUGCUUGCAGAAACAAUGCGCACUGUGACCACGUUGACGGAACGUGCACGUGCGCUCCAGGGUAUACCGGCUUGACCUGCGGAAGUGUCUGUUCACCCGAUACGUUUGGCCAGGACUGCAGCCAGCGAUGCACAUGCAAGAACGGUGCGUGCCACCAUGUCAAUGGUAUUUGCUCCUGUUUUGACGGUUGGAUGGGUGUGGAUUGUGACGCCCCGUGCCGAGCCAAUUUCUACGGCCGAGACUGCUUGGAAGAGUGCCAGUGUACGAAUGGAGCCUCCUGCCAUCACGUUACUGGGGCGUGUCGGUGCACAGCCGGCUGGCAAGGCACCUACUGUCGAGACCCGUGUCCACAGGGUAGGUACGGACUCGAUUGUGCUUCGCUGUGUCGCUGUCAAAACAACGCUGCCUGCCACCACAUCGACGGGAGUUGCCAAUGCAGACCUGGGUGGAUGGGGGCCGUCUGCAGUGAGCCGUGCGCCCUCGGAUAUUUCGGUCUGGAGUGUGCGGAGAGAUGCCAGUGUCAAAACAGGGCAGCCUGUCACCACAUCUCGGGAGCCUGUCAAUGCACAGAGGGAUGGCAGGGUCAGUUCUGUGAAAGACCGUGCUUGGACGGGUCUUAUGGUCUAGGAUGUGAUAAGACAUGUCGGUGUCGCAAUGGUGCCGACUGUAGUCAUAUCGACGGAGCGUGUUCCUGCACCCCUGGUUGGCGGGGAGAGUUUUGCGACAUGCCCUGUCAGCAGGGUCGAUUCGGAUACGAAUGCGAAAUGGAGUGUCUCUGCCAGAACAACGGCGCUUGUCAUCAUGUCAGUGGCAUAUGCACAUGUACUGCAGGGUUUACUGGUCCCAUUUGCUCGGAGGUUUGCCCCUCCGGAUACUUCGGUCAGGAUUGUCGUAACGAAUGUCGAUGUCGAAACGGCGGUGCCUGUCACCAUGUCAGUGGAGAAUGUAGCUGUACAGCCGGCUGGCUUGGACCCACCUGCUCUGAUCCCUGCCCACAAGGUAGAUUUGGACUAGACUGUGGGGACACGUGUAUGUGUGAGAACGACGCAGUUUGUAACAACAUCGAUGGUAGCUGCACCUGCGCUCCAGGCUGGCAGGGGACGAUGUGCGAUCAGCCUUGUGAUAAUCCCCACUACGGUCUAAGAUGUGAGAAGAUCUGCAGGUGUCAAAAUGGCGCCACCUGCAAUCACAUAGACGGAAUGUGCACCUGCGCACCAGGAUGGCAGGGGGAGUUCUGCGAUGUUCCGUGUGACAAAGGUUUUUACGGCAAUAACUGUGCCAAAGUGUGCCGCUGCGUGAACGGGGGUGUCUGUGAUACGGUGACAGGAGCCUGUACCUGUCCGCCGGGCUGGAGACUAUUCUGCUCUGAUCCGUGUGAGUCAGGCUUCUUUGGCCAAGACUGUAUCGGUGUCUGCCGGUGUGAGAAUGGUGCUGAAUGCAGUCGAUUCGACGGGACUUGUACCUGCACGGCUGGGUGGUACGGCGCUUCAUGUGAUACCCCCUGUCCAUCUGGUCUUUAUGGACCUGGAUGUGAAAAAACCUGCAGGUGUCAAAACGAAGCCACUUGUUCUCGCUUUGAUGGCAGUUGCUUGUGUGCUCCGGGCUGGACUGGCAGGCUCUGUGAUACUCCUUGUCGAGAGGGCUUCUAUGGGAUCGACUGCACAAAUGAGUGCACUUGUGUUAACAGCAUUUCGUGCUCGCCCCUUGACGGCUCGUGCUCCUGUUUGGCUGGAUGGACGGGCCAGUUCUGCCAAGAACCAUGCAGAGAGGACCGGCAUGGACCCGGCUGCUUGUCGCAGUGUCGGUGUCAAAAUGGAGCAUCUUGCUCCAUAACAGACGGAGAGUGCUUCUGCACAGCCGGCUGGACGGGUCGGUACUGUGAAGAUGAAUGCGAUCGGGGAAGGUAUGGUCCAGGAUGUACUGAGUUCUGUCGGUGUCAAAAUAACGCCCCGUGCAGUCGGUUUGAUGGCACAUGUGCGUGCAGUCCAGGCUGGACUGGUCCCUUGUGUAGCACCACUUGCCCUCCUGGAUUUUACGGUGCCAAUUGCGAGCAGGAGUGUAACUGUAAAAACGAUGCGUUGUGUGAUCCUGUGUCUGGUGCGUGCUCCUGUACGGCAGGGUGGACUGGUCGUUUCUGUGAUGCAGGUUGCUCCAAAGGGUUGUACGGUCCAAAUUGUGAGAGCAAUUGUUUGUGUGAGAACGAUGCUUUCUGCAGUCGCUUUGACGGGACGUGUCAGUGCACUUCUGGUUGGACUGGCCGGUUCUGCAACAUUGCAUGUGAGCAAGGGAGAUGGGGAGUUUCUUGUAGUGAGACAUGUCAGUGCCAGAAUGAUGCUAUCUGUUCUCGUUUCGACGGCUCCUGUACUUGCCCAGCCGGAUGGACCGGAGAGAGAUGCAACACUCCGUGUCCUCCUGGUACUUUCGGCAUCAACUGCCGUGAUAGCUGUUCGUGUGUCAAUGGGGGCACCUGUUCACGACUCACCGGUACCUGUCUCUGCCCUCCAGGAUUUACUGGGUCGUCUUGCGAGCAGCCCUGCCCGGAUGAUUACUACGGACUCCAGUGCAGUCUCCGAUGUGCUUGUGUGAAUCAUGCCAGCUGCUCUCCUGUGGAUGGUACUUGUGCCUGUCAAGCAGGCUGGAUGGGUGACCUCUGUGAAACAGAAUGCCCCCCAUCACGAUGGGAUGCUGGCUGCGUUCGCGUUUGCAGUUGUAGAAAUAAUGCUCGGUGCAGCAGGUUUAAUGGGGAGUGUGCCUGUGGAAACGGCUGGACUGGUAAUGAUUGCGAUAUUGCUUGUCCACUGGGUUUUUAUGGAGCUGACUGUCGGCAACGGUGCAGUUGUGCAAACAGUGCUCCCUGCUCCCGAUUUGACGGUUCUUGUAGCUGCAGUCAAGGCUGGACUGGACCCAACUGCAACAUACCUUGUGAGAAUGGGUUCUUCGGAGAAAAUUGCCAGCAUGCUUGUGGUUGCCAGAACGGUGCCAGUUGCAGUAGGUUCGAUGGCUCGUGCCAGUGCCUGAGCGGCUGGGAAGGGAUAUUUUGUGACCAGCCUUGUAUGCAGGGAUUCUACGGCAGGAACUGCGAGAACCCAUGUGAGUGUCAAAACGGUGGUUCGUGCAACAGGUUUGACGGAUCGUGUGGAUGUGAAGCAGGAUGGACCGGGCUUGAGUGCGACCAACCCUGCCGGAAGGGGAGGUGGGGACCAGGCUGCAAUUACUAUUGCUUCUGUCGGAACGACGGAACUUGCUCCAGGUUUGACGGGGUCUGCUCGUGUGUUUCUGGCUGGAUGGGACGGUACUGCCACCUGCCAUGUGCCCAGGGAAGACACGGGCCAGGUUGCACGUCUCUCUGCCAGUGCAGAAACGGCGCCCUGUGUGACAGGUUCACUGGACGGUGCAUGUGCACCGCAGGCUGGAAAGGUGCCUUGUGUGACAUAGAGUGCGAAGAGGGCACAUACGGGGCCGACUGCGUCCGUACUUGUCGUUGUGAAAACGGCGCCCGCUGCCACCGUGAAACAGGUGCGUGUUCGUGUACUCCCGGCUGGCAGGGAGAAUUCUGCAACGAACCCUGCACCACUGGGAGAUUUGGUUUGGAUUGUCAAGGUGAGUGCGACUGUCGAAACGGUGGGACCUGCGACGUGGUUACCGGUGCUUGUGAUUGCGGUGCAGGCUGGUACGGGUUAAGUUGUGAACGCAGAUGUCCUCCAAUGAGAUACGGACCUGGGUGUUCACAGAUUUGUCGGUGCCUGAACGAAGCCACUUGCAACCCAGAAACUGGUGGUUGUGAAUGCACGUCUGGCUGGAUGGGUACUCGUUGCGAUGUCCCCUGCCAGCAAGGCAGAUUCGGUGUAAAUUGUCAGCAGCACUGUGACUGUAUGAACAACGCCCAGUGCUCCAGGUUUGACGGGACUUGUAUGUGUCCUCCUGGCUUUGUGGGCACCCGAUGCGAACGGAGGUGUCCAGGAAAUAUGUUUGGCUUGCAAUGCACGGCCGAGUGCCAGUGCCAAAAUGGUGGCAUUUGUUCAACGUUUGACGGCUCCUGUAUCUGCCAGAGCGGCUGGAUGGGGGAACUGUGUCAAACCCCCUGUGAAGAAGAUUUCUACGGACCCUACUGCACCAGUCCUUGCCAGUGCUUCAACGACGCUACCUGCUCUAGGUUUGACGGAAGUUGUGCUUGCAGGGACGGCUGGACAGGCGCUUCCUGUAACAUCCCGUGCUCUGGCGGUCGUUACGGAUGGGAGUGUGCAGAGAGAUGUCAAUGCCAAAAUGGGGCCACGUGUCAUCAUGUGACCGGUGCUUGCACAUGCGUGCAAGGAUGGACCGGCCCAUUUUGUACGCAAAGAGUUGAGGAAGAGGUCAUCGGCAUCGGCAAACGUCAGACUGUGGCUGGGCGAGUUGUCACUUGCGCAGAGGCAACAAUUUUCAUUCUGAAUGGAUAUCAUUACUUCGAAUGUCUGGAUAUCCGCGUUGAUGACAUCUUGAGGUUCCCGAACACCAUUACGUGCCGUAAUUUGUGGGUAGACAGGGCACCAGACAGAAACAGCCCCUACUACUUGGAGAGAACGGACCACGUGGAUUUUUGCAUUCAUCUCCUAAAAGCCAACAAGUUAGAUGGGCGAUUUCAAGAUACAGAUGUGUCGAUUGAGGCUCGAUACACCUGCACGAGGAAAAGAGAGUAUCGCAUUCAGUGGUUGUACAGCGCCUGGCGUUACGGCGAGUCGCAAGACGCCGGCUACACUCAAGACCUUCGAUGCAAAAUACCCGAGGGAAAACUUGUACUUCCUUGAGGGCACUCUGUUUUUUGACUAACUAGUUUUCUAUAGAAUAGCGGAUAUGCUCACUUAGAACUGAAAGACUGGCUUAAUUCAUGAAAUUGAUAGCAUAUAUGGACUCGUUUUGGACAAAGAGGACAACAUUUUGGGAUAUGUUUGCAAGAUUUGUAAGCCUGCUAUAUUCUAAAAAAUUAAACGGUUUAUGAGUUUCAUGACAAGAUCAGACUUUUUGAAAUUCGGGCUACUUUCACAACAUUUCACACCUUGAUGUCCCUGACGAAAUUUCUUGCCACGUUCAGGGAAAGGCGAUAGGGUCAAGCUACCAAAAACAUUUUCCCUGUUUUUAAUUUGGCCCUAUGAAACUUUGACAGGAAAGACGUUGGCAUACAUCUUCAUUAUAAAAAAACUUCCAUUAUAAAGAAACUUGCCGGUUCUACAAAUAGUAUUAUUCUGUGGCUGUAUGUUAGAUUAAAAAUUUAAAAACCGAUUAGCUUCUCCGAAAUUGUUGCCUGUCGUUUUGGUGUAUUAAUGUGCUGGCAAAUUGCUGCACCGAUCUGGCGGUCCCACACACGUAUAUCUUAGCCGCGAAAUCCGUUGUAUAAAUUUGUAUACAGCUCGCUUUCCUUCAAUGGCACCUAAAAAUUUCAUUUCAGCGGGAAAAGAAAUGGACUUAUUAUUUUCCUUUUACCCCUUUCUCAUUGUUAUUGUCACAACCUCCACACUUUCGUUCUAUUGUUUUAGGCCAAUAAAUAACCCUUGAUGUUACCCGUUGGCCUUUCCAGAUUUUGUGGCAAUACUUUGAAUAAUGUUCUCUUUUGUCUUAAGCACACAUUUGGAAUUCUUCCGAAUAGAUCAUGGUACCAUUUCAAGAAAUAAACAUUUCCUGAAAGAGAGUGUAAUUUAGGUGUAUGCAAACUUUCUGGGUUCAAAUGUUUCUUGCUUCUAUUUCAUGAGACCAACGUGGAAGCACAACGCCCUAAUUUACGUUUGGAAAAAAAGGAGGGUCCAAGGUUCAGGGGUUCUCCAGGAGGGGUGGUUCAGAAGGGCAUUUUCACUGGGUGACGGGCCAUUUUGAAGCCCCCCCUUCUUUGCGAUGUGACUCUUAAAAUUCUGAUUUUGAGGUCGUUUUCGUACUUUCCACCAGCCAAAAAGAAAUCAAAUAGCGCUCAAAAUGGGGGAGAACCUAUGAAAAAUGCUCAGGUUUUUACAUAAAUUGCCCUUUAUUCAGCCCCCUCCCCACCCGGCCUCAGAAUACGACCUGGUCAUUCUUGGAGUUUUGUCGUCCGCUACACCCCCCCUCCCCCUGCCUGUCAAAUUCAUACCGCUAGGACCUCUUGACCUUUUGUGCAGGUGUACGGUAUUGAGAGAAUACCCAAGUUUAUUUAUACUCACUAAAGUUUAUGGCAACUUAAAUGAUCAGUCUUCAACGGCGACAGUUUCAUUAUGCAUGCAUACGUAGUCUUUAUUAAACCACAGAACUUCUCUGAGUUAUUGAUUAAUAUAUGUCUUGAUCACUUGCUGCAUGAGUAACAUUAUAAGCUUGGUUUCAUUACAAUUUAAUAAUAAUAUUACAGUCUAAAGGGAACUUUAUCACUUAAAAUAAACACCAUUUGACUACGUCAGCACUUACAAAUAAUCAACCUGAUUUUGUUUGUACAAGAGUUAGUUGCGUACUUUGUCGGGUAAACUUUGUCGUUUAAUCACUUGGUUUCAGAACAAACUGUUGAUAAAGCAUAAUGAAACAUACUUUACUUUAUCAAACCUUUACCUAUGUUUCAUUUUCAUAAAAUUGAAAAAUGACAGGUUGUUUCAAAAGAACAAAUAACUUGUGCGUCUUGUGACUUUUAUGUUUACUUUCAAUCCUCAAUUUUCACUUGCUGAAAAUAUAAUCCAAUUGGAAUUUGACCCUUGAUCAGAUUACACUGUAGAUCUGUUUGAUGGUGCAUGAGACAGUAAUAAUUACAUUGAGGAUUUUUCAUGCAAACAAUUUAAACCCUUAUCAUAACUUUAAUAUUCUCACACUACUGAACGUAAAAGUACAUUUCAUUGAAAUGGAAAAACAAAAAAACACUUGUAACUAGCGACGUUCAUUUUCAAAUUUGGGUGAAGCCUCGACCCAUAAGUCUGACCUAAAUUGCCUCUGUGUUGAUCAAACUGUUUGUACGUAACUAUGGCCAAUGUUAAACUAAUAUUUGCAUUUUUUAUCAAACAAAAAAAAAGAUAGAGUUUAAUGUGAGUGUUUUCAACUGUCUAAUUCUAUCUUAAACCCAAAAUUAUUAUAGAUCAAAAAUUAGCUACAACAUUGUUUAUUUAAAAUUUACAUAAGAGUAAAAUACUAUUGUGUAUUACGUAUAACCAUCUGCUUAUGAAUGAUACAUGUUAACAAGAUUCUUUUGUCAAAGACUAUCACGAUCGUAACGGGAUUAUUGUUGAUUUCUGUGACUUUGGACCCAAGAGCCAAAUUUUGAAAUCCAAAACCUUGUAUUCUGUGGGAUAUGAAGAGGAAAGAUCGGAAUGAAAUAAAACCGUUGACCAUACGGCAGAGCUUUGAA